AUGAAUUCCACCAGCACAAAUUAUGAAAACAGUGGGACUAUCGACGGCAUCGCCUUCUUGCAGCUCUCCGUCCUGUUUCUGACGCUCGUGUUUGGCUUCCUCGGCAAUGCGCUGGUGGUUGGCGUUGUCAUUUUCCAUCGCCAAAUGCGCACGAGGACGAACAUAUUUCUAACUCAGCUGGCGGUGACCGGGAUAGGAGUCUGUGUGUUCUGCAUACCGUUCAUGAUAGUCGCUCUUAUCAAACAAGCCUGGGUCUUUGACGAAGCGCUGUGCAAGUUUAACGGAUUUACCGUCCCCUUCUGGUUCGCCUCGUCUAUUUUCACGUUAACCGCUGUAAGUAUACACAAGUACUUCUCGAUUGUUAAACCUUUAAGAAAGAUAAUAACACCAAGACGUAUUUUAGUGAUCAUCGUAGUGGUUUGGGUCUCAGCAUUCGCGUGCUCCAUAGGUCCCAUUCUGGGAUGGACUGAGAUUGUGUAUAAAUCAUCGUCCUGUAUAUGCGGGCCUCGAUUUCCGCGCACUGCUUUGGACAUCUCGUAUACCUUGUUUCUCGUGUCAGUGGUCUACACAUUUCCCAUCGUGGCUAUGAUUAUCUUAUAUUGGAGGAUUAUAAAGGCGGUUCAGUCGCAUUGUCAACGUAUUCGUGAUACAGCUAUCAUUGACGAUCGAGGCAUUUUAGCGCAGAAGAAGAUAAUAAUCACCCUUUUGUUUGUUCUGGUGGCGUUCGUCGCCUGUUGGACGCCAUUUUUCAUUUACGGGAUCUUGACGCUUGUGACCGACGCCAGCCGGCUUUCCCGCCACUUUUUGCGCUCCGCGUACAUCUGCGGCUUCCUGUACAGUGUGUGUAAUCCUAUCAUCUUAGGCGCGAGAAACCCGCGGUUUCGAAGAGGAUUCAAAGAGCUUAUCACAUUCCAAAGGAUCAGAAGGCCUUCGCUAAGUCCCUCGGGCGCGGGUUCGAGCAAACAAAGCGAUGUCGACGGGCGUCCUUCGGCCGACUAUUUAGCCGAGAAGAGGUGCUCGGUUUGGUUUCUAUCGUCGAGUCAAAACUCACUGUUACGUUUGGAGCCCGAAAUUCCACAAAGACGUCGAAAACUACGCUGGAUUGAAACAAAUCUCUGA